AGUUCUGUUUUGUUUAGUUAAAUUACAAACCCUCUCAGAGGUUAACUUCGACAAAUUUCGUUUCGUUAAGUGUGAAACUCUAACAAUGAGUGAAAAUAACGUCCCCAAAAAACUUAUUUUCAAUCCAGUUAUGGCAGCGCCGUGGAAAAUCCAGGAGAAAAACUACGAAAACCCCGCUAAUAACCUACCAUGUGCCAUCAGACCAAAGCGAAAAUAUGUUAGGAAAGUCAAUCCGGUAGCAAAAACGGAACGGGAGGCUCAAAAAAACCGAAACAUAGCAUCCCUAAUGACGCGAUUCCCGGGUUUGAAGAAAUACCAAGCUCGAGCCGCAUUAACAAUGUCGGAAAAUAAAUUAGAUAAAGCGAUUAUUCUUCUGGAGGUGUCUAAUUGCUAUCGGAAGGAAGUUCAUACUCGUAUAGACGAUUUAUUUUUGAAAAAUAUCCACAUCAAUUUAAAAUACGACGUCAAACAACAGGAUCCGAGUGUUAGAAAUGUCAUUUAUGAAAACACGAUUCCGAUGGAGCAAAAUGAUUUAACCUUCCUUGAUGUUUGUGGAGACGAUUCGGACGAUCCGUCUAGUCCAAGAGUAGGAGUCGUUAUUAGCAAAACUGUUGAUGGAUACAGGGUUUCGCCUUUGGAAUAAACUAUUGUUAUAAUUAAGAUUUUGUAUUUAUAUACUGUUACUGUUUUAUAUGUUGAUCAGAUUUUGAUAAAAUAUUUUUUUCUGAG